AUGCAAGUGCAGUCACGACUCGGCCCGGGUUCGCAUGGUCAGUCUAACGGCGACUACCAAAAUUCCAUCCCCGUCAACGGCGUCCAUCCAUCAGAAUCCCGACCAGACUACACUCCAUCCCCAACUCGACAUCUUCAACCCGAGGAGAACGGCAUGCAUCCCUACCACCAGCCGCAGUAUGGCGCGCCGCCGGGACAGCAGCGACAGUAUCCUCCUCCCAAUCAUCAGCUGCCCCCCAUGUAUCCCUCCAUGGGCAUGGCGCCGAUGUCUGCGGCCGGGCAGGGCGGCGUGGUCUACCACCCUGCGUCCCAGCAGGGCACACCAGUAGGCCCACCAGCCCAGGCGCAAGAGAAGCAAUUAUCCUUCAAGAGCACCAACGGAACAUACCACUUCGAGCUCUCCAUCGAACAGCAGCCCGCGCGCGCCCGCAUGUGCGGCUUCGGCGACAAGGACCGCCGGCCCAUCACCCCUCCUCCUUGCAUCAAAUUGAUCAUCACCAACGUGGCCGGCGAAGUCGUGCCCCCAUCAGAGGUCCCUGGCGAGUACUUCGUCCUCUCCUGCGACCUCUGGGACGAGCAGGCGCAGAGCGAGGUCAACAUAGUGCGAAGCUCCUCCACCUCCCCUGCCGUCAGCAUCAGCACAGCCACCAUGACCUCCUACCCGCCCAUUCCCGAGCGCAACCUCGCCCCCGAGUACCAGGCCGUCAUGUGGGCACCCAACGGCCAGCCCAUGUACGCCGCGCCGCCCGGCUACCCUCCCCAACCCGGCAUGCCGUACGGCAACCCGGCCUACUACCCCCAACAGUACGGUGGCCCCUCGCAGUAUCCCCCCAGCAGCAGCGCAAACGGCAACAGCAUGUACACGCGCAACCUCAUCGGCAGCCUCUCCGUCAACGCCUCCGAACUCGCCGACGUAGAAGGCGAGAAAGCGUACUGGUUCGUGCUGCAAGACCUCUCCGUACGAACCGAAGGCUUCUUCCGCCUAAAAAUGGUCUUGUACGACCUUCGCAACGUCAACGGCGGCCCGGGCACCAUCAAAGACCGCACCGCCUGCCUCGCCUACGUCUUCUCCGACAAAUUCCAGGUCUUCUCCGCCAAAAAGUUCCCCGGCGUCAUUGAGAGCACGCCGCUAAGCAAGUGCUUUGCCGCGCAGGGCAUCAAGAUUCCCAUUCGCAAGGACGUCAAGGCCGACCAGGAUGAUGAUGAGGAUUGA